AAGUCCGAGCAGGCAAGACCAAGAGCCAGGCGAGAAAUCUUUUGGGAGGAAAACCCCCCCAGAAAACAUGGAACCAACCGGUGGUUCCGGCGCGUCGGCGACCAAGUACGAUGCGUUCCUGAACUUCAGAGGGCCCGACACUGCAACAACUUCACCGACUGCCUCUACCGGACCAUGGUUGGCCAUGGGAUCUUCGCCUACAGAGACAGCGAAGACCUUCACGCGGGUGAUCGGAUCGACGAUCUCCUGAGAGCGGUCGGCGACUCCAAGAUCUGCAUACCGGUCCUCUCCAGAGGCUACGCUUCGAGCGCUUGGUGCCUCUGCGAGCUCGCUCGGGCGACGGAGCUCAACGAAUCGACGGGGAAGCCGGUGAUCCUACCCAUCUUCUUCGACGUCACGCCCACCGAAGUCAAGCUCAGGACGGAACUGUACCUGAAGGACUUGGAGAAGCACGAGCGGAGGCAUGGUGGCCAGAUCAGGCAACAGUGGGAGGCGGCUCUGAGAAAAGUGGGUGAGAUCAAGGGAUGGCAAGUCCAAGGGAAACCAUACGGUGAAGUUAUUGAACUCGUUGUCAAAGAGGUCGUGCAUAAGCUGAAAGCAAGGCAAAGACCUCUGGACAGCAAGUUGGUUGGGGUAGACGAACAAGUAAAAGCCAUAAUGAAGUUGUUAGAUGUUGAUUCUGGCACUGGUGUGCGUUUUGUUGAAAUCCAUGGAAUGGGUGGCAUCGGUAAAACUACUCUCGCUAAGAUUGUUUUCAAUGAGUUAUGUCCUCGCUUUGACAGCCAAUGCAGCUUCAUUGAGAACAUCCGAGAAUCAUCAAAAGGAAAUGGCCUAGUAGACCUGCAGAAACGGUUGGCAUCUGAAAUCUCUGAUUCGAGAUUUGUAGAAAAACUUACCAACACUGAUGCAUGGAUGGAUAGCAUAAGAAGGAGAGCCGGCUCUAGGAAAGUUCUCAUUGUUCUAGAUGAUUUAGACGGGAAAGAACAACUUAAGAAAUUAGUGGGGGGGCCUGAAACUUUUGGUUCUGGGAGUAUUAUUAUCAUCACAACAAGGGAUAAGCGGAUUCUAGAUGAAGAGAAGGGAAUCUUAACUUAUGAAGUAAGGGAAAUGGAUCUUGAUAAAGCGCUAGAGCUUUUCACUUGGCAUGCCUUUAGAAGCAUCUCUCCUCCCGAUAUUCAUAAGAGUCUCUCUCGAGAAGUUGCAUCUACAACCGGGGGACUUCCAUUGGCUCUUGAAGUCAUAGGUUCCUCUCUUCGUGGUAAAGGAAUAAAAAUAUGGGAAGAGAUGCUAGAAAGGUUGAAGAAAGCACCUCAUAAUGAGGUCUGGGAAAAGUUGAAGAUAAGUUACGAUGCAUUAGGAGAUAUGGAAAAAGAAAUUUUUCUCGACAUCGCGUGCUUCGUCAUGAAUGAAAAGAAAUCAAGUGCAACCUAUUUCUGGGAUGCUUGCGAUCUAUCCCCACAUAUCGCAUUAGAAGAACUUACCGAUUUGUGUCUUAUUAAAAUUGUUAAAAGUGAAGUUAUAUGGAUGCAUGAUCGGUUCGGAGACCUUGGAAGAGACAUAGUUCGGCAAGAAUGUUCUCGGAAUCCGACAGGGCACAAUAGGUUGUGGAAUGGUGAAGAAGCUUUGAAAGUAGUAAGGUCAAAAGAGAGAAAGGAUAAAGUUCAAGCACUCAAUCUAGUUGAACAUCAUUCGGAUCCCAUCUGCAUUACGGAUGAAGAACUUGAGAGGAUGCCUAAUUUGAAAUCCCUCAAGUUAAGAGCAGGGACUUUUGUUGGAGACAUCAACAAUCAUCUUCGGGAGCUAAGAUGGCUUUCUUGGUAUUGUCCUCUGCGUUGUACAAUGGCCAAUUUUCACUCGGAAAAUCUAGCAGUUUUAGAACUUUCAAACGUUGACUACGGCGAAAACCGGGGUGGAUGGAACAUUUUGAAGAUGGCAAACAAAUUAAAAGAUCUUUCUCUCUCAAGAUGUAGUGAAUUGAAACGGACUCCUGACUUUUCCGGAUGCCUGAGUUUGGAGAGAUUGUCUCUUUCCAAGAAUCGUAGCUUGCAAGAAGUUCACUCCUCUAUUGGGAAGCUAAAAGAUCUUACUCACUUGGACAUUUUUAAGUAUGAGAGUCUUCAAACUUUGCCUGAAGAGAUUGGAGGACUGGUGAAUCUGAAGCACUUCUCUAUGCAAGGGUGCUACGAAAUGGAAAAACUUCCAUGCUCUAUCGGGAAAUUAGAAUCGUUGUUUGAGUUGGAUGUGUCAUCCUCAAAAAUUAAGAGUUUACCCGAUUCUAUUGGUAAUGCAAAGCACCUAUCAUUCAUUAAUCUAACAAGCACACCAAUUGGGGAACUUCCAAUUUCUAUUGGAGAGCUUACGCAACUCGAGUUCCUUUCACUCCAUAGAUGCCGAAGGUUGGGGGAGCUUCCAGAAUCAAUAGGCAGCUUGACAGCAUUAGAGAAGUUGUAUCUCUCUGAGACAAGCAUUGUUAAGUUACCCUAUUCGAUAAAAAAUCUCAAGCAAUUGAAGGUGAUUAGGAUGGGAAGGAGUCACAUAAGGAGGUUACCUGCCACUAUUGAAAUGCUAGAGAGGUUGGAGGAGCUCCAUGCCCGGGGUUGUGAACAACUUGCAGGCGAACUUCCCACUGAAAUUGGCAAGCUGUUGUCUCUAAGAAUCCUAGACAUGUCAAGUACUCGUGUUUGUGCAGUGCCAGCGGCAAUCAAUUCCCUCACGCGACUCCAAGAGCUGAAUCUAACAGAUUGUAAUGAGCUUCAAGAGUUGCCAAAACUGCCCCCAAGUCUGAAUUGUUUACGUGUUCAAUCGACAUCAUUGCGGUUAGUUCCGGAUCUCGGUAACCUCACAAAUCUUGUGGAAUUAAAUCUGUCUAACGGCUAUGGAUUAGCACUUGCUCAGGCAUCAAACCCAAUGCAAACUCGUCAAUUGCAAUGGGUUGGAAAUUUAUCUAAGCUAAAGAGCUUGAGGUUGUGCCUUUCGGAUGUUCCCGUGCCGUCAUCGGAGUUGGGUUGCCUGCCUCGACUUAGAGAACUCACUUUAUCCGGCAUGGACAGUUUCAACUCUGCAAUUUUCCAACUUGAAAAACUUGUUAAGAUUAUGUCUUUAUCGCUAUCCACUGAGGGAAAUUCAACUCGAUGGGCUUGA